AUCAAAUCUUUCUUUUGCACCAACAACCAGCAACGAUGGAAGCGCGAACUGCAACACCAACAACAGCAACAGCAACAACAACACCUGCACCAACAGCAACACCACAGCAGUCCACGAUAGCCAUGCCCAGCUCCUUUGACAAGAAACAGAGCGAGGCCAAGGAGGCUGAGAAGGAGACCAAGGCGAAGCAGCAUGCAGUUGCUGAAACGGUUGAGGACGAUGACGAGGAUGACGAGGAUGACGAUGACCUUGAUGAUGACGAGGAAGUGGACGAGGAGUUCAGGAUUGUCAGCAACGCAUUGACACACCAUGGGUGCUCCAUGGACGACCUUUGGAACAUUGGCACUGACAUGACGUUUAAGGAGAAUGACAGCGACGACGAACAUACCAGUGCCACUUCUGGCAGGAGAGGUGCACCUGACACAAAGGCAGCGGGCGUGGGAUCCACCGCAUCAAGGACAGACGCAACCUCAAGCGGAGACUUGUCUGCAAGCAGUGCCGCCGCCAGCAGCAAGGGCAAGCACGGCGCUGGCACAAGCUCCGGCAAGCGAAAUGCCUCAGCCUCAUCCUCAUCCAACGAGCAUCCGGCAAAGCGCGGCAUGCACACGGGAGCGCGGGCCAGCAGUGGCAGUACCACCAACACUGCCAGCAGCAUUACCAUUGACUCGGACAGUGAUGACAGCGACGAUGAAGACUUGACGGCAGAAGAGCGUGCCAAAAUGGCACAGCUCACCCAUGCCUAUCGCCAGCAACACAACUACGCAGCCUUCUACGCGAGGGCGGAGCUGGAAGUGUUGAAGCAGCGGCAAGCAUUGCAGCAAGCACAGGAGGCGCGCGAGCUGCAAGCACAAGACAGGAGGCUGCCGGAUACGGUGACCAUCACCGCGCGAACGCGAAAAGGAACCAAGCAGAAGACACUGGGCAAGGACGACGACUUUGCUCCUUUCUUCGCUGAGCUGCGCGCGUAUCUGGAUGUCGGGGAGAUGCAGAAGCUCGUCGUCACAUACGGCGAUGAGGUUGUUCACGGCACUGACACGCCGACCUUGCUGCAGAUGGUCCCGUCAAACCUCACCCUCGAGGCAAGAGUUGUGGAUGAGGAGUUGGAAGAUGACGAUGAAGGUCGUGACUGUGACGGUACCAUCUGUCUUGAUGACACUGCGGAUCAAACUUCCACUGCUGCUGCGCGAACAAAGAAGCGGCGAGGGGCGGUGCCCGUGCGCAUGCGCGCGAAGACCAAGGAUAACAAGGAGAUUGAGUGCACGUACUACCUGGACAAGGGGGAGGCCCUCGGUCCCAUCAUGGACGCAUUCACGUCCGUGUGCGAGUCGACGCGCGCGCAGCUGCGCUUCCUCUUUGAUGGCGACGCCGUUGCUGAUGCUGCCACACCAGUCACGCUUGACAUGGAGCUUGAUGACGAGAAUGUCGUGGAUGUGUUCUUCACUGCGUGACAUGACAUAUGACCACCAUCACUCACCGCCCUGUUUGAGACGCUGACCAUCCAUUUGUCCCUUUUUCUUUUUGCUUGUAGAUUGCAGCAGUGCCUGAUGACAUUGUGCAUGUACAUAUAUGUGUACGUGUGUGUGUGUGUGUGUGUGUGUGUGUGUGUGUGUGUGUGUGUGU